GCCGCUGAGCGGUUUAUCUGGACCUGCGCCCUCGCCCCAUGUCCCGCCGCAAGGCCGGCCGCGUGCCUCGCCGCAUAGACCCCGAGACCGACGACGACAUGGAAAUGCCCGACGUCGACAUGGAAAUGCCCGACCUUGUCAUAGAUGUGAAGCCGGACCGCAACCUGAGGUCCUUGGCGCAGGAGCCCUGGUCCGCGAGGGACAUGCCCAUGUCGGGGCUCUCCGAUGUGGAGCGUCCCCUCCAAACCGCCUCGCGCCCACUUGGCGCGCCCAACACGUGUGCCCCGUGGAUGCCUCUGAGUUCUUCCGACCGCCAGCCCUGGACCGACAAGCACCCAGAUCUGUUGACCUGCGGCCGCUGCGGGAAGAUCUUCCCUUUAGGUUCCAUCAUCGCUUUCAUGGAUCACAAAAAACAAGGCUGUCAGCUCCUCCAAGUCUCCAGCCCCAUCUUAGAAUCCAAAGAGCUGAAGCCUCUGAGCUGCCUCCAAUGUGGCAGACAGUACACCAGUGCUUGGAAGUUGCUGUGCCAUGCCCAGUGGGACCACGGGCUAUGCAUCUACCAGACACAACAGUUGGAGAACCCAGAGGCUCCGCUGCUGGGCCUGGCUGAGGUAGCUGCAGCCAUGUCAGCAGUGGCAGUGGGGCCAGUUGAGAACAAGCCCCCUCCAGUAAGCAGUGCUGCACGGCGGAGCCCCACCUGCUUGGUGUGUAAGAAGACCCUCAGCUCUUUCAGCAACCUCAAGGUCCAUAUGCGUUCCCACACUGGUGAGCGCCCCUACUCCUGUGACCAGUGUUCCUAUGCCUGCACUCAGAGCAGCAAGCUCAACAGACACAAGAAGACCCAUCGGAGCCCCUCCACUUCUGUCAGUAGCCAAGGAGUCUCUCCAGCAGCCCCUCCUGAACCAGCUGCCUCCGCAGCUGCUCCAGCCAGCACACUCCCAUGCCAGAAUGUGGAGAAGGCUGGAGCUGCAGCAACAGCAGGACUCCAGGAACCUGGGGCCCCUGGCAGUGGGGCUCAAGGCGGUCCAGGUUUUGUUGGCUGGGAAGCCACUGUCAAAGUAGAGAGGACUGACCCUGUAAAGAUGGAGAAGACUGAGAAGACACCACCUAGCAAAGUAGAGAGGACUGUAAAGAUGGAAAAGACUGAGAAGACACCACCUAGGAAGAGCCAUGGGCCCGGGGGCAAGUGUGAGUUCUGUGGGAAAUCCUUCACCAACAGCAGCAACCUGACCGUGCACCGACGCAUACACACUGGCGAGCGGCCCUAUACCUGUGACCAGUGCCCCUAUGCUUGUGCCCAGAGUAGCAAGCUCAACCGCCACCGCCGCACCCAUGGUCUGGGGACUGGUAAAACUGUCUAUAAGUGCCCACACUGCCUUGUAGCCUUUGGCCUACAGGCCACACUAGAAGAACACCUGCAGCAGAAGCACCCAGCGAUGGCCUGAGACGUGUUCUGUACAAGUGUCACCUCCCCAAGCAGACAUGGGCUAGCACUUAGCCUUCCCUUUAUAUGAAUA